GUGUUUCCUUUUCUUCCUCAAGUAAGAACCUGAGAUUGAGGGAGUGUACAAACCUGAGGAGAUCUUUUGAUCUUGGAGAGGAUUUACUGCUUUAUAAAAUCUGAGCUUCCAACUUCAGCAUAUGGGUAGUCUGAAGAAUCACUAAAUCCAGCAAAGGGGAAGGAAAAGUUGAAAUAUUCCAGAUCAAGAAUUCUAAUUAUUCAGUUAAACAGAUGAUGUGUCCGUGUGUACAGUUUUCUUCCCCAAAGUACUCUGUAGACAAAACAGAUGCUUCGGAUGAUGAAGCAAUUGAAAAACCAAGUGAUGAGACAGCAACAUAUAAAGGUCCUGAUUCCAAACCUGCCGUGACAAAGAAAAGAAAACAGCCUACAGAGUGUUUUCUAAGUCAGCCUGAAGAAAUACCAGGGAGCACUCUAAAAGCAAAGAAGCGAAAGAAGAAGAAAAUUUCUGAUGUUCUGGAAAAAUCUCCUCCAAAACCUGGUGUCCCUGAGGAUCUACAGAAUCUGCUUAGUCAACAUUUUGGUACAAAACGUUCAGUGAUUGAAAUAGAGGAAUUAAAGCUGCCAGAUUCUUGCUUUUUGCCAGCCAAUGACCUCACCCACAGUUUUUCUUCAUACCUGAAAGAAAUCUGUCCUAAGUGGGCAAAAUUCCGUAAAAACCACAAGGAGAAGAAGUCAGUGGUGAUGCUGGUUAUCUGCAGUUCUGCCCUUCGUUCCUUGGAACUCAUGAAGUCAAUGACAGUAUUUAAAGGCGACUGCAGAGUUCUGAAGUUGUUUGCAAAGCACAUAAAGAUAAAAGAACAGAUGAAUAUGUUGGAGAAAGGUGUGUUCCACAUUGGAGUUGGAACUCCUGGGAGGAUAAAAGCACUGGUGGAGCAAGAUGGCCUAUGUUUGAACUCCACAAAAUAUAUUAUUCUGGAUUGGAACUGGAGAGAUCAGAAACUAAGGAGAAUGAUGGAUAUCCCUGAGAUAAAGAAAGAAACAAUCGACCUACUCGAGAUGAGGAUUAUAAAGCUGUGCAGAGAGGGGUCUGUGAAGCUGGGACUCUUUUAAUAGUUUUACCCACAAGGAAGUGACUUACAGGUUCAUUUUACUUCUAUCCUGUCUGCAAGUGGUCAAUGGUGAUUAAGAAUUUUGAUUUUUCAGAGAUAAUUGAUGCAGAAAGAAUGUGCUGUGUAACUUUAUUCUGAGGUUCCUUUUAAUAAUAAAAACAGAAGUUUUAUUUGUACUUUUUUAUUGGUAGUCUUUUAUUGUACAGGCAGUGCAAAAGCAAAGUUAAAUGUAUAUUGCUUUCACCCACAAGAUUUACCAUUACAUGCCAUUUUUAAGAGCAAAAGUGAGUGUGAAAGUCUUUGUACAAUGCAAUUCUCAGUUACCUCUUUCUCUCAUAGGAGUGGUAAGCUAGUUCUUGCCUUAAAAUAGCUUUGGAAAUAUCUGAAUUUCAGCAAUUUGGCAAAAAAGUAUUUUUCUCUCAUCUGCUCUACAGCUGGCCAAAUCCUAUUUUUUUGUCAUUACAUGAUAAAUUAUGUUUAAAGUAUCUGUCUAGCAAACUGAGAGUUUAUUGUGAUUAAACUGUUGAAGUCUUCAAAAAAUAUUCUACUUUUUGUCCAUUGGAGUUGAAAACAGCUUGUCUGUGGGUGAUUCUUCUGUAAUUGUGAGUAGAAGGGUGCUUUUAUUUUUUUAUUUAUUUAUUGCAUGGAAAAAGAAGAUGAAUAGAGGUAGGCAAAUCGUCAGCAUCUUGGAAGAAUCCAAAUGAGACAUUUUUAGAAUUAAUUUCCCUAUUGUGCUAAACAAUACGAAGCAUUUUAGAACUUUAAAUUGCUUCUUAAUAGCAAUGAAUGCAGGUUAAGAAAGUUUAUUUGGUUUUACAAAGUAGUGUUGUAUACCCAGCACUCUCAGUCCCUCCAGUCCUCCUCAGUGGCAUCCAGUGAACUGGAAUAGGUCUUUUCUUUUAUCCCAUGUCUGUUAGCUGGGCAACUAUAGAAGUGAAGGGAGAAGAAAUGAUGAAUCUGAGAUUACACAAAUUCUAGUAUAGCUGGCAGUAUCCACACAAAUGAAUAAGACUUAACAAGUGCUAUUGUACUGUGGGGCAGGAAUAAAUAUAUA